AUGGCUGCAUCUUCCAAGACAUACACGCUCAAUAACGGCGUGCGGAUCCCGGCCGUCGGAUUCGGCACUUUCGCCAAUGAGGGUGCCAAGGGAGAAACGUACAAGGCGGUCUCCAAAGCUCUCGAGGUCGGCUAUCGGCAUCUUGACUGUGCCUGGUUCUACCACAACGAGGACGAAGUGGGGGACGCGAUCCACGACUUCCUGUCCAAAAACCCUAGCGUGAAACGUGAGGACAUCUUCAUCUGCACAAAGGUCUGGAAUCACCUGCACGAGCCCGAAGAUGUCAAAUGGAGUCUGGAGAACUCGUGCUCUAAACUGCGUGUCGACUACGUCGACCUUUUUCUGGUGCACUGGCCGAUUGCUGCCGAAAAGAACCCGGACCGCACCGUCAAGAUCGGGCCCGACGGCAAAUAUGUCAUCAACAAGGAGCUGACCGAAAACCCGGAGCCGACGUGGCGGGCAAUGGAAGAGCUCGCCGACAGCGGCAAAGCGAGGGCAAUCGGGGUGUCCAACUGGACGAUUGAGGGACUGCAAAAGAUGCUCAAGUUUGCGCGCAUCAAGCCGGCCGUCAACCAGAUUGAAAUCCAUCCGUUUCUUCCCAACAGCGAACUGGUCGACUUCUGUUUCCGGAACGGCAUCAUGCCCGCCGCAUACUCGCCGCUAGGGUCGCAGAACCAGGUGCCAUCGACGGGCGAGACGGUCCGGGAGAAUGCGGCUCUGAACGCGGUAGCGAAGCACAGCGGGCAUAAUCUCGCCCAGGUUCUGCUUGCGUGGGGGUUGCAGAGGGGGUACAUUGUGCUGCCCAAGAGCUCCACGCCGAGCCGCAUUGAGAGCAACCUCCAUAUCCCUGAGCUGACGCCCGAAGAAUUUCAGGCCAUUGAAGAUGUUGCCAAGGGUCGCCACGUUCGCUUUGUCAACAUGAAGGACACGUUUGGAUAUGAUUUGUGGCCUGAGGAAUCGCAGUAA